UAUUUGCAAGAAGGACGACUGGGAACUUAGGCUGUGGUUCUGCAAACUGAUUCGCGUGGCUCCGCGUAAUAUUUUAAAAAUGAAAGAUCCAGUUUGAAAAACAUGCCGCUGCCAGAGAAAUGUGGCUAAAAUGUACUGCUGCCCCCCUUCCUCCGUUGCCGCCCCCCCCCCCGUUGUAGUGCACAGAGCAGUGUGUGUUGUAUGUUUACGAUACACCCGGCAUCGUGUCAAAUGCAGGAGGGGCACUCGGCAAGGCGUUCAAUGCCUGGUAUGCACCGACCGGGCAGCGUGUGGUAGGCAUGGUGUGCACGUGGCAGGAGUCUGGGUGGAUGGCGUAGCCUGUAGCGAGCCCUCCGACUGCUCCCCUGCCCAUGGGGCAGGUUAAUCUCCGCAGAAGCGUGGUCUGGACAAACCUCAGAUGAAAACCCGUGCGAAGCCCCCGCUUCGCACUUCAUGCCAGGGAGUUGUGGCCCAGGGCAGCCCCCAUACCUACCCCCAACACCCCGCCCUCCCGCAGCUCCUUGCACCCGUGGAGCUUCCACCCCCAGGAACUGUGUCCUGUGGGGGCCUCCGUCCCGCGCCAGUAACGGUCGCCUGCCUCGACGGUUGGCCGCUGCUCCGCGGCCACGAGCUGCCAGGAUGGCUCAUUCUGUCCCUCUCCCCAUACCUUGUCCAGUCCAGCUUGGUACUAUCAAAAAUGAUUCAUUGGAAGCUCAACUGCACGAAUAUGUUAAACAAGGAAACUAUGUUAAAGUGAAAAAAAUCCUGAAAAAAGGUAUUUGUGUUGACACAAUUAACUCCUUGGGCCAGACGGCUCUGUUUACUGCUGCAUUGCUAGGUCUUGGUAAACUAGUAGGAGUGCUCUUGGAUUAUGGAUCAGACCCAAAUCACCGCUGUUAUGAUGGGAGCACCCCAGUACAUGCUGCAGCAUUCUCAGGAAAUCAGUGGAUUCUCAGUAAAUUGUUGGAUGCAGGAGGUGAUCUGCGAGUACAUGAUAAAAAUGGAAGAAAUCCGCAGUGCUGGGCUAUGUCAGCUGGAAAGGAAAGUAGUGCUCAGAUAUUAGAAUUUAUACGGCGUUGUGCAUCACACAUGCAGGCUGCAAUUCAGAAUUUCCCCUCUGAUUUACUUAGAAAGGUUGGUUCAUCAAAAGUACUGGUCUGCAACCCAUCUAGAUUUGGUGGUAUUACUCAAGGAAAUGCCGACAGGCCUCUGACUAGACUUCUAAAAGGUGGAGCGAAUUCAUCAAGAACCAUCUACAGUUUUGGCUUUGGGAAGUUUUAUCUAUCAGGCAGUAGGCAGCUAGGGUACCUGGCAUCUCUCCCUAUCAUUUGGGAUAAAGAAGUGGUUCAAGCAGAUGAUGAGCCAACAUUCUCUUUCCACACUGGACCGUACAUGAUCAUGACAAAUUUAAUGUGGGGCAGCAGCAGAGUCACAGUGAAGGAGCUCAACCUUAAACCACAUCAGAACUGUAGUAAGCUACGUUUAGCUGAUCUUCUAAUAGCAGAACAGGAAUAUAGCAGUAAACUUCGUCAUCCUCAUUUGUUGCAAUUGAUGGCAGUUUGUCUGUCCAAUGAUCUGGAAAAAACCCGUUUGGUGUAUGAGAGAGUUAACUUUGGUUCACUAUACAGCAUCCUUCAUGAAAGGCGUUCAGAAUUCCCAGUAUUGCACAUGGAGACAAUUGUGCAUCUGCUGCUUCAGGUUAAUGAUGCUUUGAGGUUUUUGCACUCACGUGGAUUUAUCCACCGUUCACUCACCUCUUAUGCUAUACAAAUUGUUUCUGCUGGUGAAGCAAAGUUAACCAACUUGGAAUACAUGAUAGAAAGCAAGGAUGGAGGGGACCACAGUGAUCUCACACGUGUUCCUGUCCCAGCUCAGCUGUAUAAGUGGUGUGCUCCUGAAGUGAUCCUCAAAAAGGCCACCACAGUCAAAUCAGACAUUUAUAGCUUCUGUAUAGUAAUGCAGGAAGCCCUAACAGAAACUCUUCCCUGGAAUGGGCUUGAAAGCUCAGGUAUUAAAGAAUUCGUAGUUUCUGGGGAACAUUUGGAAACUGAUGUCAGGCUUCCUAACCCAUACUAUGACAUUGUAAAGACAGGUCUAGAGCCUAAACAAAAGGACCGCUCCAUGAGUCUUCAGGAUAUUCGCUAUAUAUUGAAGAAUGACUUAAAGGACUUGAUCGAGUCUCGAAUUGGUCGCUCUGAUGAAAGCUCAACUGCACAAAGGCAUGAUAUAUUUCCAGAUAUAAACAUCUGUUUGGGGUCCUCAUCUAAUUACAAGAGGGAAAUGCUGGAGCUGCAAGGAGAGGAGAUAAUAAAGACUGAUGGCAGCUUUACUGCACCAAAGUGUUCAGUUUCUCCUGCUGAAAAAGAAACCAUCAUAGAUCAUGAGGGUAUAACUUGUAUUCAGCCAGUUACACAGAACCUGAGCCAAGAUACAGCUUCUGAACUCCAGAGGACCUACAGUGUUAGUGAUAUGGACGACAGCCUCUGUAGUUUUGAAAUGAAUGAAAUCUAUGCAUGUUAUCCAGAAUUACAUGAAGAUGUUCUGGAAGAACUAGCUGGAUUAGAUCGUGCUUUGGAAGAUCAAAUAAAGCAGCAAAAUGUAGACGAGGACAAGGCCGUCUCCCAAAUCUUACCUCCACCUCCUAAAAUACAGUUAGUGGAGCAGCCAAAUUCUAGUGAGGAAGUCAGCUCUUCAGAAAUGGGUACAGAGUACAGUAUAGAGGAGGUAGAGAGACUAAGUGAAGCAUCUGAGUCAUGCAUGCUGCCCUGGUUGGGAGCAGAUGUCAAGGAAAGUAUGCGUAGCCCAUCCAAAACUGAGCAGCACAUCAGCAAAUGUGUCCUUAAUCUCAAGAUUUCUCAGACUUUAUUGCAGCAGGCAACAGAUUCCCUUUACAGAACAGAAGUGAAAUUAGACAAAUUAGAGACUGUUCAAAACCAACACAAGCUGCUUAAGGAAAUCCAAGCAGAUCAAGUUUCUAAGCAGAAGUCCAUAGAGAGCUACUUAGAUAAAAUUGAUGAUAUUCUCAAAAAUAUCAAGAUCCCCUUUUCAGGAGCUGAUGCUUUUUUGUGGAAGGCAGUAGGCCCUCCAUCAAGGAACUAUAUAUCACCACCACUGCGAGUGCCUGGGGUGCAAAGUGCUUUGGAGGUUGACCAUUUCCAGGCUAUCUCAAAAGCUGUGAAGGAACCAAGGGCAAUUCAGAGUGAGAAGAUUGAGUGCUUUGAUCAAAGGCAUAAGAAUACAGAUAAUGACUGCCAGGAUGAUUUCAGCUCCAACAUGGUGAAGAGUACUGAGGCUCAAAUAGUGCCAGACUAUCAGCGAUUGCAUCCAUGGUUGACGGUAAGGCGGAAAAAAAAUGUCAACUUGCAACACCAUAGAGGAACUGAUUCAAGUUCUGGAGGAAGUGGAAUCGAGGAAGAGAAAUGGUUUUUUCCAAAAUCGGCAUCUGAAAUUUAUAACACAAGGAGAAGUGAGGAGCGAAGGAUGGUGCAGUCAGAAUGGACGACCGAAGUGAAGCAAAUGGCUAAAAGAGUGGCGUUUGGGCAGCUGGGACUUCUCCCUCCGUAUCCGCCAAGUGAAUGCACCUCAGAAAGCGAGGCAGAAAGCGUGAAGGAAGCCUUUCCACAUAUCAUCUUCAGGGGCCAAGAAUAUGCUGGCUGGCAGAGAAAGGAUGACAGGUGGUACACAGGCGAUGGCACUGAAACCCAGGAUCUGGGCAGGAAGGAGAUGGAUGAGUCAGAGGAGAGUGACUUGGAGUCUGUAUUCAGAAGUUUUGCAGGCAGAAGUUGGCAGUCUCUAGCAAAAGAAGAGCAAGCAGAGUGCGGAGCAAACCUUCCUAAGAAUUCAAUCAGUCCAACAGAAGCUGAGAAUCCCUGCUGUGAGCAUUCAAGUGAAUUAACUUGUUCCCCCAAUUCCUCUCCUGAUAUAUCAGAUGAGUUUUUCACUCCUGAUCCGGAUUAUUUUUUCUCUCCAGCUGCUCAGGAAAAUUCAGAACGAGAGACCUCAAGUUCUGAAGAUAAGUUAGAAGUAACCCAAGAAGCCUGUGUACAGAAACCAACCUCUACUGAUACAGGGUCAGGAGAGAAAAUAUUUAUCUGCAACGCAGCAGUAAAAGGUCUUGGCAGUAACGAAGUGGGAAUGAAUCAAGUCAACCAUACUCCUGUAACCAGUGCUGAAGCAUCACAAGAAAUGAUACCUAAGGAGACACUGAAAGAGUUCAAAGAGAAAGAUAUAUCAUUGACAGAUAUUCAGGAUUUGUCCAGUAUUUCAUGUGAGCAAGAGAAUUCUUGUAAGGAUAUAACUUGUAAAACACCCAGAGUGAGUCAUGCACCAACUAGUGUCAGCACUCCACUCAGCCCAGGGAAAAAAAUGUCAUCAACCAUCAAGAAAUGCAGAGAUUGCCAUGAAAUUCCCCUGGAUACCUCUUGUUGGGCUACUCAGGAGACUUCCCUAACAGUGUCUAGUACCUUUUUUACAGCCCAUGAAAAGGAAAAGAACUCAAAAACUCCCUUCCUUUCUUCCGAAACCUACUCCUCUGGAUUGACUGAACCUAGUGGUUUGUCAGCACUCAGUGCUUCUUCACUUUUGAGAAAGGCCAGGAAAGAAUCUCAUAACCCAUUUCCUGACACUCAGCAGAGUGACCUACAGAAAGUUGAUUCGAGCCCAGCUUUCUCCCAGGCAUCAGACCACUUUAUUAAUGACCUGCCACCACCAGCCCAGGAGCUACUAGAUGAAAUUGAAAAUUUAAAGCGGCAAGAUGCCCCCUAUCAGGACUUUGAGGAGAAAGGAUCCCAUACCCACAACAUGCCAAUGCAUGUUCUCACUCAAAUUAAUCCAGAAGACAAAGAGGAGGAAGAAGAAAUUGAGAAUAAGGGAGAGAUAGAUCACAGCUUAUGGACUAAAGAGAUAUUGAAUCUAGCAGAAGAAACAGAAAGAGCUCAUUCUACUCUUGAUGAUCUCCUAGAAAAAAUUCUCCAACCAAUUCCAGAGGAUGACGAAGUCCAAGGAGAACCUUGGGGACACCUUGUUAGGGCAACAAACUUUAAAGAUCAAGGAGAUGAUGAAAUGAAGAGCGGAAUAGAGGAAGGUGGCACCAGGGCAGAAAGCACAGAGACCGGAAGCUGUGCAGGGAAUACCGAAGCUACAAAUCCUGAGGAUCCAAAACCCAGCUUAUGGCAGCGGUUGCCUUGGCCUUCUCCAUUCAGGGUAAUUGUCCUGGAUCAGAGCAGCACACCUAAGUGAUCAGUCGAUAGCAUAUAAACCUUCAAUAAGUUGUUUGACAUCUUCCUAUUAUACAGUACCUAUUUCUGUGAUGUGCAAUGCUGUUCACCAAAUAAGCAGUCUUAUAGUUCUCAGACUUCCUUUAAUUGUAACAAUCGAUACAAAGAGACUGAAUGGUUUGCUCUCCAAGUACAUCUGGUAUAUUAAGUUUUUUGGUUCAUUUUUAUUUAGCAAUCGCUUAUAAAUGAGAGGCAGCACUCUGAAUUAUGCUGUAAAAUGGAAUUGUUUUCCAAAUAUAACUGUGCCUGUUAAGCCUUCUAAGCUUUGUUUUCUCCCUAGCAUGCACACUCACUUUCAUAAGUUAAAGCAUUUCUUGCUCUGUUGCAUUAUGCCGUUUUUGUUAUUGACAAAAAUGAGUCUCUUUAAAUUGCUGCUGCUGCUCUUGCUCUCCUUAGCUUUUCAGUGCCAGGGAGUGGAACAUGGUGUUACAGUCCACAUGUGCAUUGCUUCGUUUGCUCAUUAGAUGUGACAAGGUAAUUUCUUGUUUUCUCAUUUCGUGGAAUUCUUGUGACAUAAGUUGAACUGACUGAAAUGAUUUAGAGGAUUUAUCUUUGUGCAAAAGCGAAUG